AUGCGCCUUACGCCAAGGGAACUUGAUAAGCUCAUAAUUUACCAAACCGGGUCUCUGGCCCAGCGUCGCCUUGCUCGUGGUCUUAAGUUGAAUCUGGCUGAGGCCAUUGCGGUGAUUGCGUUCCAGUUGCAAGAACGCAUUCGCGAUGGGAAGCAUAGCGUCGCUGAGCUAAUGCAGCACGGAAAGGAGAUCUUUCCAGGAGACACGUUCUGCCCGGCGACCGUUACCCUCACAUCUAUCUCCGCCAUAAACGUAUUUCGGGAGGCAACAAUCUCGCGACCGGGCUUUGGUCAUGUCCCUGAACCCACUGCUAUUAAGAUUCCAGCGUCUGAAAGUGAAUCGGUUGGUGAAUAUGAGAACAUUAUAGGGCGAAAGGCGUAUGCAUCUAUGUAUGGACCUACCUUAGGGGACCGCAUCAGGCUUGGUGACACUGCGUUGUGGAUCGAAGUCGAGAAGGACUACACUGUUUAUGGAGACGAAUGUAAGUUUGGUGGAGGGAAGACUCUGCGCGAGGGAAUGGGCCAAGCCACUGGACGUGGAAGUGAAGAGGCACUGGAUCUGGUCAUUACAAACGCAUUGGUUAUUGAUGCGUCAGGGAUCUUUAAGGCCGACAUUGGCAUUUCUCGGGGACACAUUGUUGGUAUAGGGAAUGCUGGUAACCCUGACAUCAUGUCCUCUGUGACGGACGGCAUGGUCGUGGGUUCUACGACCGAAGUUAUCGCAGGCGAACAUCUCAUAGUUACAGCUGGGGGUGUUGACGCGCACGUUCAUUACAUCUCGCCAACGCAAUGGCCCGAAAGUCUGGCUUCUGGUGUGACUACUAUGAUUGGAGGUGGAACGGGCCCGAGCGCCGGAACUAACGCCACGACUUGUACUCCCAGUCCGUGGUAUCUGGAAACGAUGCUGAAGAGCACAGAUAGCAUCCCAAUGAACUUUGGCUUCACUGGAAAGGGGAAUGAUUCUGAACCGAAGCCUCUGGAGGAAAUCAUUAGGGCUGGGGCAUGUGGGUUGAAGCUUCACGAAGACUGGGGCUCGACACCUGCCGUUAUUAGGAAUGCAUUGGACGUUGCGGACAAAUACGACGUACAGGUCAACAUUCACACUGACACCCUCAACGAAAGCGGGUUCGUCGAAAGCACCAUCGAGGCGUUCGGUGGCAGGACAAUUCACACUUAUCACACGGAAGGAGCUGGGGGUGGACAUGCGCCGGAUAUCAUCGUGGUUUGUGAACAUGAGAAUGUUCUACCGUCGUCAACAAACCCGACUCGGCCAUACGCUCGCAACACGUUGGACGAGCACCUGGAUAUGUUAAUGGUCUGUCAUCACCUUGACCGUUCCAUCCCCGAAGAUCUGGCCUUUGCAGAAUCCCGUAUUCGAGCGGAGACAGUCGCAGCCGAAGAUGUUCUCCACGACAUUGGUGCAAUUUCCAUGAUUUCGUCUGACUCUCAAGCAAUGGGACGCGUGGGAGAAGUCAUCAGUAGGACAUGGAGAACAGCAAGUAAAAUGAGAGAGAUCAGCGGACCCCUGAAAGACCUAGGAGACGAAGAGGGGAAGGACAAUGGUAGAGUGAAGCGAUACGUUUCCAAGUAUACGAUUAACCCGUGA